AUGGAGGUAUGGACGCGGGGGGGCGGCGCCGACGAGGCGCAAGACUGCGGGCCGCCGACGUCGCUCAUCCUCGAGCGUGUCGGACAUAGCAAGAGCAUAUUUGACGAAUCCGCACUCCCGCCGGUCGACGAGGAGGAGGGCGACCGCGCGGCGCUGCUCGGCCACGCGCGUGCGCCACGCGCGGCGCACGCACCUCCCAGCGCGCACGAGCGCGCGCUGUGGCACUGGGUGAAUGUCGUGGACAUGGACGGCUUUCUGAAAGAGAUCUACGAGUAUUAUACGGGGCAGGGGUAUACAAGCAUCGUGCUCGGGCGCGUACUGAGCGUGCUUACCUGUGCGUUUGUCGUGGUCUUUGCCGCCUUCCUUGGUGGCUGCAUCGACUACUCGGCGAUUCGCAUGGGGGGGACACUCCACGAGGCGCUCGUAGGCCAGUGCUUUGCGCGCGUGUCGACACUGUCGAUUGCCUCGGUGGCGGUCGUGGGCAUGGUCUGUGCGUGGCAGGCGGUCAUUUUUGGCUCGAGCCUCAAGCGCCUCGCUGCGCUGCGCGACAUCUACACGCACCUCUUUGACAUUCCUGAGGACGAUCUCGUGUCGAUUCCGUGGGAAGAGGUCGUGACACGGCUGCAGCGGCUGGCCGAGGCGCAUCCUUGCGCAGCGCAUCACGAAGGCGUGUCGUUCGACGCGCUCAGCGUUGCGCACCGUAUCAUGCGCCAGGAAAACUUUUUGAUUGCGCUCGAGGACCACGGCAUCCUGUGCGCCGAGGUACCACUCCCGACACACAGCGCGUUCGUCCACAGCGCACUCGGCGCGCUGUUUCCGCGGCUGUCGCGCGCGUUGGAGUGGAAUCUGCGGUUUUGCCUGCUGGGCUUUGCGUUUAAUGCCUCGGGGCAGUUUCAGCCGCACCUACUCGAGGCGCAGCACCGUGCAGAGAGCAUCGCGAGUGUGCGCCGCCGCUUUUUGUUCAUGGCCCUGGUGAAUGCGGUGCUGGCCCCGUUCCUGGUCGUGUACCUUCUCGUGUACUCCUUUUUUCGGUACUUUGAAGAGUACCACCGCAACCCCGCCUCGCUCGGAUCGCGGCAAUAUACCCUCCUCGCCCGCUGGCGGUUCCGUGAAUACAACGAGCUCCCCCACCUCUUCCAGCAGCGGCUGCACCAGAGCUACGCAAGCGCGCGUACCUACCUCGACCAAUUUCCCCGCGCACGAUACGUGCGCGUGGCGCGCUUUGGCGCGUUCAUCUCGGGCUCGUUUGUGGCGGUCUUUUUGCUCGGUGCGGUGAUCGAGCCCGACGUGAUGGUGCAUUUUGACAUUGUGCCUGGGCGAAAUGUGCUCUUUUUCCUCGGCGUGUGCGGCACGGCGCUCGCAGCGUUCCGGGGUAUGAUCCCUGAUGAGCAUGCGGUGCGCGAUCCCCAAGCGGCGCUCGACGCGGUGAUCCACUAUACCCACUACUGCCCCCCCGCGUGGCGCCAAGGACAGAUGUACUCGACGCGUGUCCUGCGCGAAUUUUGCGCGCUGUACGCACUGAAAGUGCACGUCUUUCUGAACGAGCUUCUCUCUGUGCUCAUCACGCCGCUCGUCCUCUGGCGGUGCCAGGAGCGCCUGGCGGAAAAGUACGUCGACUUUUUCCGUCACGGCACCGUGCACGUCCCUGGCCUCGGCUACGUUUGCCGGUACGCGGCGUUUGACGUGGAUGCGCGCGAUAAUAAAAUGGAGCAGAGCAUGCUCUCAUUCUCAGUCGCGCACCCCGCGUGGGCGUCGCAGCACCAAGUGCCGUCUGCACCUCCAGGGCGCUUCCCCUUUACGCCCAGCAGCUCGGUCCGCGCAAUGUAG